AAAAAAUAUUGUGAUUUACGAAUGAAACGCAAACUCGACAGUGGGAAAAGGAAUUAAACAUUGAAUGUAUUACAUUUCAAUGGAAACGUUCAACGAAUGGGCAAUUAUGUUUGAGGUUAACUGUCAUUUUCGUAAAGAAAUGCUGACCGGCGAUGUUUUUGUAACACGAAACGUAAUAUUUCUCAUAUUUUAGAUAAAAAAUAUAAAGUAAUGGAUAUUAUUUUUAUUGGCGAGAUUCUAUGAAAAACGCGACAAAAUGAGUAGUGUUAAACUCGAUGUACUGUGGUCACCUAUCCAUGCAAAUAAAUUUAUUACAUGGGGUACGGAAAUCUGUCUGUACGAAGUGACACAAGUAAAAGACAGUAUUAGGCAAUUAUAUAUAAAGAUUUCCGACUCUACGGUAGCUCAUUUACUUGCUACAAAUACAAAUCAUCAUUACGUUAAGUGUAUAGAUAUAUAUCCGCAAUUGGAACCAGAUAUUUUGUUAGCGGUCGGACAAGCAAAUGGAAAAGUCGUUUUGACCACUUUCGGUCCGACGGUGUUCGAUUCUCAAGGUCUCAGUGGAAAAGAAUUAGUUCCAAAAUAUGCAAGGCAAUGUAACACCGUCGCUUGGAAUCCCAUAGAUACAAAUUUAAUUGUAUCUGGUUUAGAUAAGCAUAGUAAAGAUCAUUCCAUUUUAUUGUGGGAUAUAAAUAAAGGCUUGCAAGGUUCGGAAAGAGUGCAUCACCACACUGCUGUUCAAACGGAUUCUGUAAGACCUAUCGCUGAGGUCGGUGUUUCUGAAAUUAUACAUUCUAUCGCUUGGUUCAAGAACGAACAGAAAUGUAUGGUGGUUGGUGCAAAUAACAAGCAGCUGAAAAUUAUUGAUUUUAGAGAUUCCGCAAAGGUAGUGAACACAGCUGCGACUAAAGCAGUUUAUAACGUGUCGGUCAACCCGCACAAUAAUCAUCAUUUAGUCUCCAGUGUCGAUAAUCAGAUAACAAUUUGGGAUACGCGCUGUUUCGAAAAGCCUGUUUUGACCCUGUCGCAAGGUAGACAAAUUACUAAAGUUCUCUGGUGCCCUACCAGACACAACCUCUUGGGUGCUUUACAAAAAGACUCGGUGACAUUACAUUUGUAUGAUAUUCAACACUGUGGAACUGGCGGAGGAGAAGAUACUGAACCUGGAGCCUUGGAAAGAACGGUUGCACCACCUUGGCAUAGCCCCGUAAGCUUUUCAUGGCAUCCGACACACGUGAACAGGCUAUUGGCAAUAUCGCAACAAGAACUCACGGAUUAUACGGUCUGCGAAAGGAUUACGGUAAAUUGGUCUACGCGAUCUCACCUUGCAUGGAAUCAUGCUUCCAAAUCUUUUAAAUACAUAUGCAGCAAUGAUAACAUAUACAAGGCUCUGGACGACAUUUCUAUUUUGACUAAAACACGCGCAGCUUCGGAAUAUGGAUUACUUCCAGAACUGACUCAGAAUGGCGAACUGGCUGAAAACGAUACACUCAAGAACCUGUGGCAAUGGUUAUAUUUAAGUCGUUAUUUGGUAGAAGAUGGCACUAUAUCCAGUCCGGAUAAUAAACAUCCAGGCGUCAGAACAGUUUUGAAGUUGGACGGUCAACAAGGAUCCAAUGGUUUCUUGAAAUCGGAACUGAUGCAUCGUCCCUGGUCGGAUAUAGGAUCGAAUCAUACCGCGAAAAUUUACAGAUCUCCAGAUAGAGAUAAAGGACUGCUUUUAUGCGGUUGGAGAUUUGACAAGGAUACAAACACUCUUUAUGAUAAUUUAUUUUUAGAGAGGUUAGAAAGAGAGGGGGCGUACCCGAGAGCGGCGGCGAUAGCAGUAUUUAAUUUAUGUUUACGACAAGCCAUAGAAAUAUUAAACCGGGGAGCGAGUAAAAUGUCAAUGUCCGCAAACUUGAAUAUUGUCGCCAUGGCUUUGUCGGGAUUCUCCGAAGAUAGAAAUAGCAUGUGGAGAGAAUCCUGUUUGAAAUGUAGAUCCCAACUUUCAGAUCCAUAUUUGAGAGCGACUUUUGCUUUUCUCACGUCGGACGAUUCGUACGAAAAUGUUUUAAACGAAAAUGGUAUGGCGGUCGAGGAUAGAGUUGCGUUCGCGCUUAUGUUUUUAUCGGACAAUAAAUUGAACGAAUACUUAAAAAGGUUAACUCAAAAUCUAACCGACGAGGGAAAUUUGUCUGGGUUUCUUUUAACAGGUGCAAGCUUCGAAGGUAUACAAUUAUUAAAUCGAUAUUUAGAGAUCACCGGCGACGUUCAAAGUUGCAGCCUCAUAGCUAUUAGGGCGUUCACUCCGAAAUUGCUGCAAGAAAACCAAGUACAAGUAUGGAUUACUAGUUACAGGAACCUUUUGAACGCAUGGAAAAUGUGGACUCAAAGAGCACAUUUUGACAUUGCAAUGCGAUCUGCGACAAACGAGAAACCUCCGCAACAAAUAUACGUUUCUUGCAACUUUUGUGGUAAAAGUAUAUCGGCGCUUAUGCAAGGUUUAAGCAGAGCUAGGGGACCCUUCGGUAGAUUGGGAAGUACGCCGAAUAAAUUAAAGAUGUCUUCGUGUCCAAAUUGUCGAAAACCGUUACCGCGAUGCGCCAUCUGUUUGAUGCACAUGGGUACCGUGAGCGGAUUGCAAAUGACUACGUCUGGCGUUAGUAGGAACGAAGAGUGCGACAACAAGCUGACAGAAUUCAGUAACUGGUUCACGUGGUGUCAAACGUGCAGACACGGUGGUCAUGCUGAUCACAUUACGCAUUGGUUUCGGCAACAUUCCGAGUGUCCGGUAACAUCGUGCACUUGUAGAUGCUUCUCCUUGGACGCGUCGUGCAAAAUCGGAGUGGGUAUCGCGUAAACAGAAACCAUGGCAUCCCAAGAAAUUUAUACAGCACCGACGGUGUUUCUUUUCUUUUUAUAGUUUUAGGAUAUCAUUUUUUUUGUACUUCCCGAAAAAAAAGGAUAAUUAACUGUGCAUUUACGCGGUG